AUGAAGAGAGUUUCUGCGACCCCCGGAUGCCCAGGAUGCGCCAACCCACUCCUCCAAGCUCGCAAAUUCCCCCAUGAUCCAACCACACUCAGUUGCGCUCCCAAGGCAAGCAACCCAAGCGGCCGCCAACUCCCACUAGUGAGUCCGCCGUACUCUAUUGCAACCCGCCGUAGCCACGUUUCCGGGACCAUGGGUGGGCUGGUCGCCUCUUUGAGAUAUCCUUUUAUUUCGCCCAUCCCGUUGCCCGUCCUGGCGGUUCUCCCUCAAACAGCCAAGCUCGGCUUCUUCUCGCCUGCUUCAGCUCCUUCCCUUGUUGCCUGGGCUCGUCCCGGACAGAUAUUACAAGACCUAGUCGGCUGCUUCCUUGGUAGCCAAACCCACGACGCACUGUUCUCGCAACUCCCUGCCUACGUCACCGUUUCUGACAAGCCUUGUUGCGCCACGGCCAGCUCUUGCUCAGAAACCCUGCCAUUUCGAUUACUCGAUAUCAGACUUGUUUCACCUUGGUCAUAUCUGGUUGUCUCGCCUACUUUUGCGCCGCUCACGGCUUCCUUUCUUGGCGCCUUCUUGCUGCCGCCGUGGCUACCACCUUCCCACGCAAUCACCCAUCCUUGCGCCUGA